CACCCCCUCUGAUUGAUGGAGGAGCAGAUAAAGGUGUGUGUGGCAUGGUCCAUAAUAGUUGUUAGAGCUCUGAUUGUUGCAUGGUCCAUAAUAGUUGUUAGAGCUCUGAUUGUUCUUCUGCUGUCGAGAGUGUGCAUCAUGGGAUCCACUGUAAUGUUGCAGUUGCUGCUGCUCUGCUUUCCAUUGUGCUCUGCUUAUGCAUAUGAAAAUGUGGCUCUGCGUGGCACUGCAACACAAUCUACACGCUUGCUGGGAAAUACCAAUGUUUUGGGAAUUGCCAUCAAUGCCAUUGAUGGGAAUCGGAAUUCCCAGAUGAUGGCUGGAUCAUGUACCCACACGGCACAACAAGCCGAUCCCUGGUGGAGAGUGGAUCUCCUGGAGUCUUACAUAAUCGACCACAUCAACAUCGUAAACAGAGGAGACUGUUGUGCAGAGCGGAUCAAUGGGGCACAAAUUCACAUUGGUGACUCAGCAGAUUGGAGUGCAAACCCACAGGCUGGUACAAUUGAUCAACUUGCAGCAGGGGACACUUACUCUAGAUACUAUCAACGUGAUGUAAAGGGUCGUUAUGUGACUAUUUUAAUUGCUGGUGCAGACAAGAUUCUAUCACUCUGUGAAGUGGAAGUUUAUGGGUAUCGUGCCCCAACUGGUGAGAACCUUGCACUAGGAGGAGCAGCCACACAGUCAUCACUGUAUGCAACUGGUUUUGCAUACAAUGCCAUUGAUGGGAAUCGUAACAAUGACUGGAACCAGGCUUCUUGCACACACACACAGGCUGAUCUCCACCCCUGGUGGCGACUGGAUCUGCGCACAAUGCACAAAGUAUUUUCUGUUAAGAUUGUCAACAGAGAUUCUUUCCAAGAAAGGCUCAAUGGAGCAGAGAUCCUGAUCGGUGACUCUCUUGAAAACAAUGGAAACAACAAUCCCAGGUGUGGAGCCAUCACAAAUGCUGUUGGAACUGAUAUUUUUGAGUUUGACUGCAAGGGGAUGGAAGGUCUCUACGUUAAUGUCGUCAUCCCUGGGAGAAUCGAGUUCCUCACUCUUUGUGAGGUGGAGGUUUAUGGUUCCAAACUUGAUUGAUCCAGCUUCAACAAAUUCCAGUUAAAGUUUAAAAUUCUGCAGUUUCAAGAAGGAUGAGAAAAUUGCUUGUGAGAUCAAGACUUGCAUUUACAUGGUCUGUAUCCAGUCUGUUUUGGACAAGUUAAAAAAAUAAAUGAAUAAAACCAUUUGCAACAUCA